AUUGGUUUUCUUCAUAUUUCUAUCCUGUUCCAAUUUCUUGAAAGUUCGAUCGAAAGAGGGUUGCUCUGUUUCUGAUCUUCUGGUGUUUGGGAUCUUGAGACUUGGGUUUGCUUGCUUUUUUGUUCAUAGAGCGGAUUAGAGGAGGAUUUCGUGAUUUUGUGUUGAGAUCAGUUAGAAUUGGUGCAGAGUUUCUCGGGUUUGAUUGAUGGGGGCUAAGCUUUCCACAGAGGAUAGUUGGGGAGAGAAUUCGAAUUCACCGCACCGUUCGACUUCUUCUCCUUUGGAUUCGCGGUACGAGUAUGCGCAGCCUCCUCUGUACCGUCAAGAGAGCGUGAGCGAUCCGUCGCCACAGAUGGCGUAUCCACCACCGCAGAUGGCUUACCCGCCGCCACAGAUGGCUUAUCGGCCGUCGCAGCAGUAUUAUCCGCCGCCUCAGGAGCACGGGUAUGGCGGUGGUCAAGCCCGCAAUAACCGGAGAAGGCUAGACAAGAGGUAUUCCAGGAUCGCGGAUAGUUUCAAUUCCCUGGAAGAGGUUACUGAGGCUCUUGCACGUGCUGGUCUCGAGUCUUCCAACCUUAUUGUUGGUAUCGACUUUACUAAGAGCAAUGAGUGGACGGGUGCAAAGUCAUUUAACAAGCGCAGCUUGCAUGACAUUAGCAAUGGUCUCAACCCCUAUGAACAAGCGAUAUCCAUCAUAGGGAGAACCUUGGCUGCUUUUGAUGAUGAUAACUUGAUUCCGUGCUUUGGGUUUGGAGAUGCAUCGACGCAUGACCAAGAUGUCUUCGGCUUCUUCCCAGAUGACAGAUACUGUAAUGGUUUUGAAGAAGUUUUGCACCGUUACAGGGAAAUAGUCCCUCAUUUGAGGCUUGCAGGACCUACUUCUUUUGCACCAAUUAUAGAGAUGGCCAUGACAAUUGUUGAGCAAAGUGGUGGGCAGUACCAUGUCUUAGUGAUAAUUGCUGAUGGACAGGUGACUCGGAGCGUUGACACUGAACAAGGCCAACUAAGUCCACAGGAGAGGAAGACAGUUGAAGCAAUUGUUGAAGCGAGCAAGUUGCCUCUUUCAAUCAUAUUAGUUGGGGUAGGAGAUGGGCCCUGGGACACGAUGCAGGACUUCGAUGACAAUAUUCCUGCUCGAGCAUUUGAUAAUUUCCAGUUUGUCAAUUUUACCGAAAUUAUGAUGAAGAAUGUGGCGCCUCCAAGAAAGGAGAUGGAAUUUGCUCUUUCAGCCUUAAUGGAAAUUCCUUCUCAGUACAAGGCAACUCUUGAGCUUAAUUUACUUGGCCAGAAAAGAAAUGUUCCUCGGAGGGUUCCUCUCCCGCCGCCUGUAUAUGGUACACCAUCCACUGGUUUAUCGAAGCCUUCCCGUCCAACCAUCUCUCAGCCAAGUGUUCCGCCUUAUUACAGAGAUAGCUAUCUGCCAACCACUCAGCCAAGUGUUCCACCUUAUUACAGAGAUAGCUAUCCGCCAACCUCUCAGCCAAGUGUUCCACCUUAUUACGAAGAUUACCAUCCAACAAUCUCCCAGCCAAGUGUUCCACCUUAUCCCGGGGAUAGCCAGCCAACUGACACAGCUCCGUCAGCUCCGAGUUCUGCUAAUGAGGACCAGCUUUGCCCUAUUUGCUUUACCAAUGUGAAAGACAUGGCUUUCGGUUGCGGGCAUCAGACAUGCUGUGAGUGUGGGCAAGAUCUUCAGCUGUGCCCCAUUUGUCGAAGCUCGAUCCAUACUAGGAUAAAGCUCUACUAGCAAUUGGGUUUUCUCCCAUUCGCCGCAAUUCAGUAAAUUUUUCCAUCGUUCACCAUCCAAGUCGUAGAGGCUGCCGCGGGUUCUGUUCCUUAGACGUUGUUUGCGUAUCUAUGAGAAGACUCUUCUGCAUCGGUCGUUUACUCGGGAUUUGCUGCCCUCUGUAUAUAAUGACCUCAACCUAAUCUUAUUUGUUUAUUGAUUUGUUUAAUAAAUGUUGGGUAUCGAUUGUUUGCCAACACAAAAAAGUCCAGAUCAAUUGUUGGCUGUAAAUGAUAUAUGAUUUAGAGAAAUAAAAGUUCUUGGGUCAGAUUUCGCUGCCUGCUUAUUCA